AUGGCGAAGGAAUCUACACAGCCGGGCGGAAGCCCUCAUCUAGUCAAUGCUCGCUUUCCCCCCUUCAAUUCCACCAGCAUGACGGAGCAGCGUCCUCACAAAUUCUCUAUAGGGGCCCAGAUCGAUGCUCUACAAUGCGAAGAAAUGUAUUCUGACAAAGAUGUCUUUCACCACAUAGGAAGCACCAGGGUUAAAACCAAUGGGACGACUGAUGCCACUGCUACAGGGCAACCUUUAACUCAUUACCAUUCCCGCAUUUACAGCUUGUUGAGCUGGGAGCGCCCUCGAACCACCGCCGUCUCAUUUGCUACGAUUGUCAGUCUUAUUAUUGCAGCCCGAUACCUGCCUCUGCUACGAUGGCUCUUCAAGUUUUCGUAUCUGUCUCUUGGAUUCACCAUUUCCCUCGAAGUCGCCGGGAAAGUCAUGUUCUCCCGUGGCCUAGCUAGCUCCUCCCGCCCCCGCAAAUAUUACACCAUCCCCAAAGAUACCGUAGAGAGCAUCCUGGAGGAUCUAGAGCAAUUGAUGGACUUCUUCCUCAUUGAGUUCCAGCGCAUUCUCUUCGCGGAGAACCUCACCUACACUCUUGCCGCCUUCACCGCCGCCCUGACCUCCUACUGGCUCGUCCGCUUCCUCCCUCUCUGGGGCCUGGCCCUCAUCCUCGUUUCCGUUGCGUAUCUAGGACCCCUGGUAUAUAUUAACAACCGAGAAAUUAUCGACACCCAGAUCGAUCAGAUCCAACAAAUCGUCAACUCCCAAGCCACCCAGGUGAAGGAGAUGGCCGGUCAGCAGACCGCCCACGCCACCCAUAUCGUCAAGCAGUACGUGGGUGACUACACUGCCAAAGCAAACGAGUAUAUGGGCUCCGCUCGCUCUCUCCCACACGUCGAGCAGGUUGCUCCAACAACCGUACAGGCCCAGCCGGAACUCAGGUCCGCCGCCGAACCCGCCGUUGAACCGUUAACUGAACCUGCUGCUGUCGCUUCUGAUGCUGAACCUGUCGCUUCUGAACUUGCUGCUACUGAGCCAACAGAUGCAGUGCCCGCAAUCGUGCAUACGGACUUUCCCACAGCACCCAAAGAUGACAUCGUGCUCGGUGAAGUUCCGGCACGGGAAUCCAGAGAGGAGACGAAGUCAGACGAGCCACUUCUGGCAUAAAUUGCA